CAACAUUACAACAACGGGGAGGAGUUCAACGUAUUCCUCUUCCUACCUGUUCCUACACUCGACCGAAUUUAUCUUUGUCGGUUCCAACACACCAAAAGCCAUAACAAGUUUACUGUUUACUAGAUUGACAGAUCUCUCUUCUGUUGCUCGAUGGGGGAAGCUGCCGACUUCUUCAUCCGUCAAGAUAUUCUUUCACGGUUUCAUUAAGGGGGUUCGUGCAUGGCCUUGAGCGAAGGCGUUUUGUUUCGUCUCUGCCUUUUCUGGAUACCUACAAUAUCCACUACCUACGAAAUACCUAAGGUCGCUUAACUACCUACAUAGAUUCGUUUUCGUCAAGUCCUUUCUAUCGACCCUAUCAUUGUAUCUCUUUAUCGUCACGAACUCCUUGUAUCGAUACAUACCGACUCAUUCCCGAUCCCGAUCCCGUUCCGAGGUUUGCGGGGUGUUUUGAAUAACGCUCACUCGAUCUCGCAAUGAAGCUCGCUCCUUUAGUCGGCCUUGUUGUCGGCGGCCUUGCUGGACUAGGCACUGCAUCCGUACAACGCCGGAAUUUCGACUCCAACGAUUACUACGUUCUUCACCUCGAACGCGAUGCGCAACCCGACUUAAUCGCGUCCCGGCUGGGCUUGAGGCACGAGGGCCAGUUAGGCCAACUCCCGGGUCAUCACAUCUUUUCCACUUCCAAGGCCGAAGUGGAUGUCGUACGGCGCGCAGUCCAGGAACGUCGGCGGAAGCGUUCGCUUGGUGGUGCAGACAUCAUUGACGGCGUAAAGGCCUCUCAUAAGCAGAAAUUGCGGGCUCCUAUGCAAAAGCGAGUUAUCCCGCCUCCUCCAAACGGCCAUUAUCCCACGAUACGAGCAGACCAGGCCGAUGCGAAAACGGUGGAAAAGCAAAAGUCUGUGAUGCAGACACUUGGCAUCUCUGACCCGAUUUUCAAUGAGCAAUGGCAUCUUCUAAAUACGGUUCAGUUGGGCCAUGACGUAAAUGUGACCGGUGUCUGGCUUGCAGGAGUCACGGGCAAGAACGCAACAGUAGCUAUCGUGGACGAUGGGUUGGAUAUGUACAGCAACGACUUGAAGCCUAACUACUACGCUGAGGGCAGUUACGACUUCAACGACCAGAGGCCCGAGCCUCGUCCGACCCUAUCCGACGACAGACAUGGUACCCGGUGUGCCGGUGAAGUCAGUGCUGCUAGGAAUGAUGUCUGUGGUGUUGGUGUCGCGUACGACUCCAAGAUUGCGGGCAUUCGAAUUCUCAGUAAGCUGAUCAGCGACGCGGACGAGGCCGAGGCUAUGAACUACGAUUUCCAACAUAACGAUAUAUACUCUUGCUCUUGGGGUCCGCCGGAUGAUGGAAAAUCGAUGGACGCCCCCGGUAUCCUAAUCAAGAAAGCUAUGCUGAACGGAGUGCAAAAUGGACGCGGCAAGAAAGGAUCUAUCUACGUUUUUGCUAGUGGCAACGGCGCCGCAAGUGAAGACAACUGCAAUUUUGAUGGUUACACGAAUAGCAUAUACAGUAUCACUGUUGGCGCGAUCGAUAGACAAGGUGUACAUCCUUACUACUCCGAAAAGUGCUCGGCCCAGCUUGUCGUUACCUACAGCAGUGGCAGUGGAGACGCCAUUCACACCACUGAUGUCGGCGAAAACCAAUGCUAUAAUGGGCAUGGCGGUACUUCUGCCGCCGCACCUUUGGCUGCCGGAAUCUUCGCUUUAGCCCUCGAGGUUCGUCCUGACUUGACCUGGAGAGACAUGCAAUACAUCGCGUUGCAUAGUGCGGUACCUGUCGACCUAGACACUGGCGAGUGGCAACCUACCACUAUCGGCAAGCAGUUCAGCCACACCUUUGGCUACGGCAAGGUUGACAGUUGGGCUCUUGUGGAGGUAGCGAAGACUUGGAAGAAUGUUAAGCCUCAGGCCUGGUACUACUCUCCGUGGCUACAUGUGCACAAGGAGAUUCCUCAAGGUGACCAAGGUUUAUCGGUUAGCUUCGAGGUCACCCAAGACAUGCUCAAGGGUGCCAAUCUUGAGCGCCUAGAGCAUGUCACCGUAACAAUGAAUGUGGAACAUACCCGCCGUGGAGAUCUAAGCGUUGAUCUUAUUAGUCCUAACAACGUGAUCAGUCACUUGUCAGCCACGCGUAAGCUAGAUACUAGCACCGAGGGCUAUGAUGACUGGACUUUCAUGACUGUCGCUCAUUGGGGUGAAUCUGGAGUUGGCAAAUGGACACUUAUUGUACGCGAUACCAAGGUCAACGACAAUACAGGCAACUUCACCGAUUGGCAUCUCAAGUUGUGGGGUGAGAGUAUCGAUGCCUCCAAAGCUACGGUAUUGCCUAUGCCUAGUGAGGAUGACGACGCAGACCACGAUGUGACUAGCACCGCCACUCUACCUGCGUCCACGACUAGCCUGCCUUCUGUUCCGGAAGCCACUAACACUGUCUUGCCCACUGCCCUGCCAUCGGAUCAUCCCGAGCGACCCACAAAGCCUACUCAGACUUCCGGCGAAAGUGUCGCUACCCCGACGGGCACCGAGGCAGCGGCGGAGACAACUACGCAAAGCUCUUGGCUGCCCUCGUUCCUCCCCACCUUCGGCGUCUCUUCUAGCACCCAAGCCUGGAUCUAUGGCGCUCUCGGCUUGAUCGUCGCCUUCUGCGCCGGACUUGGCGCGUGGUUCUGGUUUGUGCGCCGCAAGCAGCGCCUCAACAACCCGCGUGACGACUACGAAUUCGAGCCCCUCAAUGCCGAUGACGGCGGUGAAGGCCUCGGCGCGGCUGGCGAGAAGGGUCAGAAGCGACGUGCUGGCGAAUUGUAUGAUGCCUUUGCGGGCGGCAGCGAAGACGAAGCGGAGGAAUCGUCAGGGACCGAUCACUUUAGCAUAGCCAGCCACGACGAAGACGGCGACGACGACGAUGACCACGAUGGAAGACCGGGUCACGCCGAGAAGCAGAGCUCUAGACUGCUAGGUGAUGGUAGAUAGGGUCUCAGGUGGUAUAGAGAAUUCUGGUAAAAAAAGUUAAAGCAUCACUCGUCUCGGAAAUCACAAUCAUGGAAAUGGCAUGUGGAUAACAUCAACCAACCCCCUUAGAUUCAUCAUAGCAUACCGCAUCGCUGUUUUUUUACUGCUGUUCUGUCGUUCUGUAUAUAAAGGCAUACUUUUCGUAGUAUCGACAUAUGGCAUGGUCCCGUACGGCGUUUGGGGAGUAUAAAUAGAUGUAGGGUAUUUUUUGCGAAGUAUUCAAUUGGUUCAUUUCAUCACAAUGAGAUCUUAAGUAUCUUACCUGCUUGUCCUCGGAUAUAUUAGAUUAAGACAGAGGCCACUGAGUAC